UUUGAGAUGUAUAUACAUACACACGUUCUGUUCAUUUAGAUUUUUAGAUUUAUUAAGUAAAGAACGUUUUUAACAAGCAUUUCCAGUAGGUAUCCAUCACGGAUUCCGUGCUCAACUAUUUAAAAUUGAUCGCCUCAAUCAAUGACCGGGCAACAGUAGAACAGUUUUUACAAUUUAUAUUUCCACAAACCACAGACUGUGGAAGUGAACAAAAUAUCAUCUGCAAUGGCUACAAAACCGGUGCCAUCUGGUCGCGUUAACCUAUCGAAUCUGGCCCUAGAGAAUCGCAUUGUCGGCGGCAAGUAUCGGUUGCUCAAGUCGAUUGGCAGCGGAUCGUUUGGUGAAAUCUAUCAGGGCAUUAACACGCAGGACGGCAAAGAUGUGGCCGUCAAGAUAGAGGCGAUCGAUGUCAAAUAUCCUUUGUUGCGCUACGAGGCGAAGGUCUACGAACAGAUCGGGCCACAUGCCGGACUGCCCGCCCUGCUGCACUACGGCAGCGAGAAGCGCUUUAAUGCGUUGGUCAUGGAGCUGCUGGGGCCCUCGCUGGAAGAUCUGUUCAACAUGUGCAAGCGCCACUUCUCGCUGAAGACGGUCCUCAUGCUGAGCGAUCAGCUGCUGAUGCGACUGGAGUGCGUGCAUCAGCAUAGCUUCAUACAUCGUGAUGUCAAGCCGGAUAACUUUCUGAUGGGUCUGGGUAGGAACUGCAAUAAGCUGUAUAUGAUUGAUUUCGGUUUGGCCAAGCGCUAUCAGGAUCCGGAACGCUGCCAGCAUAUACCCUAUCGCGAGGAUCGCAAUCUGACAGGCACCGCACGCUAUGCCUCGAUCAAUGCCCAGCGCGGCAUAGAGCAGUCCCGUCGCGAUGAUUUGGAGUCGCUCAGCUAUUGCAUCAUGUACUUCAACAUGGGCAAGCUGCCCUGGCAGGGCAUUGUGGCGCCCAAUAAGCAACAGAAAUAUGAGAAAAUACUUGAGAUGAAGCGGAGCAUGUGCAUCGAUGAGAUAUGCAAAUCGUGGCCCGUUGAAUUUGCACUGUUCAUGAAAUAUACACGCAAUCUGCGCUUCCAGGAUGAGCCCGACUAUGUCUAUCUACGCCAGCUAUUUCGUUUACUUUUCCGCACGCUCAAUCAUCAUUUUGAUCAUGUGUACGAUUGGAGUCACUUGCAUCAGCAGCAAAAGGAUCGUGAACGUGAUCGCGAUCGUGAUCGCGAUCGCGACCGUGACCGUGAGCGGAAUCGUCGCGAUCAGCAGCUUGUCGAAUUGGAGCUGAAGCGUCUUCGACGCAGCCGCAACGAACAGAAUCGCAACCGUUUAGACAUUGGCGAUGGACUCAAGAUCAACAAGCGUCAUGAUGAUAAGCAGCUGAAGUGAUCAGCGUCCGCUCGGAUAAUUGAAAAAAAAUCUAUUCCAAAUUAUUUAAGAGAUCGAUUUGCAUAGUUUCAUGUUAAAUUGUUCAAUGUUUAGAGUUCGCCACACUGCGUUUUAUUUGCGUUUGCA